AUGAGUUUCGCUCGUGCUAACCUCCUUCGCGCAUCUGCUCGCGCUGUCGGAGCUGCAUCUCGUAGGCCUGCGCAGCAAUUCGCUCGCCGCACAUACGCCUCUGAAUCAUCACACGGUGUCCAGAAAUCCAGCGACCUGCCAUGGUUGCUGGGAUCGGUCGGCUUGGGAGUACCGGCUGCCUAUUACUUGCUCUCCUCCGGUCCUGAAAAGAAGCCCCACGGUGGCCACGAAGACCACCAUGAAGCCGUGAAAGAAACGGAGAGGGAGGAACAGGCUCCCGCGGGAGAAUCCGAGCCCCAGCCCGAUCGGGAUGCGGAGCAGAAGGUCGACACCGAGGCUUCUUCGUCCUCAUCUAACGAGAAGGGUGGAUCAUUUGGAGAGCCGCCAUCUAAUGUUGACGAGGCUACUGCCCGCGGGGGAACCGGAGGACCAGCCACUAUCUCCGGCAAGCAGGAGGGCGUCUCCAAUACUGACACUUCCAACCCGUAUGUUAAUGAGCCGGGAAAGAGCGAGAAGGGCGAGGGAGAAACGGAGACGGCUAAGGUGAAGGGCACUGUGAGUCCGGAACGACCCCAGGCCUAG